AUGGAGCCAGAUGAACCCCUGAGGGGCUUCCGGGCAAGGUGGCAAGCACGCGCAACAGCGUCUGAAGCUAGCCCGAAGCUCGACGGGGACGAUGCAGAUGGUUGGGAAGAAGUUGGGCUGGAGGCCGAAGAGGACCCAGGGCCUGCAGAGCCGGCCGCAGAGUUGAGCGAGAUGGAAGCACAAGAGAGGUUGGAUGAACAGAGAGCGGUGGAGCAGGUGACCCCAGAGGAGCUGGAGACAUACUGGAGUGUCCUGCCUCCGGGGGUCAAGGAAUUGGUGUCCAUGAACGGCGAGGUCUCCGCCGACCUCCUGGCCUACGUGGCCGAUACCGACCAGGAGAGGAUGGACAUUAUGAGGCAGUAUGGCUGCCCGGAGCAUGAGGUGGUUGAAAAGGCCACGGUGCUCGAAGCUUUGCAGUUGACCGCCGAAGAGAAGGUGGCACGAUUGAGGAGGAACAGAAUUGCGAAGCGGGGUGCGCAGAUGGCGGUUGACAUGGCUGCCAAGGCAAAGAUGCACAGGCAAAGAGUGGCAGGUGAGCUCAAAGAGGGCGAGGUGCCGACUAAGACCUGGCUGGAAAAGCAUUCCGGGGCAAUUCUGAUGAGAUGUCGGAGGAGGUCGACGGAUGUCGAGCUCGACGCAGAGACGGCCGAGACAGUGAAGCAGCGGGAGCAGCACCAAUGGGAGGUGGAGGCAGAGAAAGUGGUUGAUGUUCUGGAGGAGAAUGCUGACCUCCCGAUAGUGCGGGGUGCCGGAGACUCCAGAGACCCCCGGGAGUACCUCAAGGCAGCAGUGGGGGCAUACCGGGCAUCCACACUGAGAAAGAGACUCAGGGAGUGGAAGAAAUUCCUGACAUGGUUGGAGAUCGUCCACCAGGUGAGAUGGCCAUCCCGCAGGGCCCAUGCGAUCGACUACUUGGUGGAGCUGAGGUUGUCAGAAGCACCACCGACGGUGCCCCAGUCCUUCGGGACGACCCUGGCUUUCUUUGAGAAGGCCGCAGGCAUCGGGCCAGGAGCAGCAAUCUCCUCAGAUGUGGCCUUCAGGAGAGCGUUGGACAUGACCAACAAAGAGAUGGAGCAGAGGAAGCCAGAGAAGAAGCAGGCACCGCUGCUACCGUUGAAGGUGAUAGCGGCCAUGGAGAUGCUGGUGGUGAGCCCGUCCAACGGAACCUUUGUGCGGUUCUCGGCAUGGUGCAAGCUGGUCAAGAUAUGGACGGCCAGCAGAACAGAUGACCUCCAAGGGAUAUCUCUGAAGACCAUGAAGUUCACCAAGGCAGGGCUCUUUGGCGUCUUCUGGAAGACGAAGGUUUCGGGGCCCGGGAAGAAGAACAAGAUCCUCCCCUUUAUGGUCAGCCGGAAGGUGAGCAUCACGGGCUUGCCGUGGCUGGAGACGGGGAUGCGUAUCUUGGAGGACAGGUACUGGUACCCAAGGGACUACCUGGUGCCGGUGUUCCCUUGUGGGCUGGAGGACAUCGAGGAGAAGAGGCCAGCCACGUAUGAUGACUUCGUGGUGAUGACCAGGGUGGUCUACUCCCGGCUGAAGGAGUGCUCAUAUGAUGAUGGGAGAUGGGUGUCCGGCAGGGGCCCUUUGCUGUUGCCGGAGCUCUACAAGCUGUGGACGGAGCACUCCGAGCGCAACUGGAUUGUGUCAAUGGCAGCCUCCGCAGGCAUACCGAGAGAGGAGAGACAGAUGCUCGGGAGGUGGGCAGUCAAAGAGAGCGGAGACGAGUAUGUCCGGUCUGCUCAGAGGAUUGUCGCCAGGAUCCAAUGCAGCCUCCUGGACAAACUCCGGAGUGACACGGAGUGGGACUUGAAGAAUUCAGGUCUCGAGGAGGUGAAGGACCACAUCGUCAUGGUGAAGUAUGACGAGGAGUCCAUCAGAAGGCAGAUGUGGAAGCUGGAGAUGCCGGAAGUUUGGACGCCGGUGGACUUGGACGAUCCGGCACUGCCUGUGGUGGAAAGGCCCCCGGGGGUCGAGGUUGAGGAGGUGGCGAAGCAAGCGCCGGACCCCCCAGCGGAGGUGCCAUCCAUCAAGGAACUGAUGGACGAGAAGUCGGGGGCCGACGACGUUGGGAGCGAAGAGGACGACAUAGACGUCCAAGGGAAGUUCUUCGUGGCCAUCAACGUCCGCAACCGCCACAGGAAGCUCCAUAUUUGGGGCAAGUGCGGGACAAAGCCCGGACAGAACUUCGCGGCUUACGAGCCCCACGACAGCCUGAAGGGAGUCAAGUUCAACUCCAUCUGUGGGCACUGCUGGAAGGGCAAAGACCCGAUGGAGGCAGAGUCGGAGGCGGCGAUGGAAGCCGCAGACUCGGACUUGAAGUACCUGCUGUCCGAAGUGGGGGUCCCAGAAGAGGUGCAAGCAGCCUUGUACCACAGGGGGUACACCUCCAUGCGGUUGUUCUCUGGUAUCGAUGAAACCAGGGCUGAAGUCCGUUUGGCGCUCAACGCCGAGAUCGGAUUAGACCACACAGCAGGGAACGCUGAGAGGCGCAGCACAGCCUUAGUACUUAGCGCCUGGGAGACAUCGAGGACGCAGCAGAAGUCCAGCGAUGAGACUAGGGCAGAGGCCCGGGCAGCAAUGGUGCCACGGCCGGUGCCGGUCAAUGAGCAUGCGAUGCUCAGGGAGGCCCUGGAGAGCCAGAUAGGGCGCUUGAGGGACUACGAGGUUCCUGCAAAGAGCUUCAUUGCGGCAAAGUUGGAUGACAUUGAAACCAACUUGCCGAAGUUGGAGGAUCUCAGAGAUGUGGCCUCGAUAGAGGACGGAGAAGCAGACUUGCUCCAAGGGAGCCUGGACGCCGCCACAGGGACCUUCAAGAUGAAGGCAGCGCGCAACACGGUGACUAUGCCGAAGACAGCAGAGGAGCUCCGCUUGAGGCAUCGCCGUAUAGGUCUGGCCUGGGAAAUGGCCAGGACAAAACACAGGAACCGUGUUUGGCUGCAAGGAGGGCUCGUGGAGGCCUAUCGCCAUUUGAGCGAUCACGUGCUUGGAAAGCAUGUGCAUGGCCUACAGCUACCACACGAACAAAAACCCCGUUGGGAGUUAGUGCUCGGGUACGAGCAAGAGGUUCGGAAACGUGCCUACCAACUGCUCCGACGAGGUGAAGAGCCCACGUUGGAAGAUGCAAUGAAGAGGGCCAUCAGUGACCCCGAGACCAUGAACCUCCACUUUGUGGUGCCGCUGACGACAAGUAUCGCUGCGAGCCACAGCAGCAGCAGUGGUGGGCGCCAGGGGGGAACCACGGCCAAGCCAGGCCAACGCUCCGGCAGGGGGUGGCAGCAGCUGAAAGAAGCCAAAGGAGGUUUCACCAGUUUCACAGGCGCCGGAGAAGCAGAGCUGAAAGAAAAGGCCGACCUCGGUACGACCUUAGUCAUGAGAUGCAUAGAGGCCUUGGAGCUGGCGCCGGGCGAGACUGUAUGCCUCUGGGAACACCCAGAAGAUUUGGGCCGGGCACGCAAUGGAACGCCGGCAAGCGUGUGGCAACUUGAAGCCCUACGCAAGGUGGCCAAGAAGAGGGGCAUGGACACAAUUGCCUUCCACCAAUGCACCUACGGCGCUGACUACCCCAAACCAACAAGGUUUCUCAGUGAUGCGAGAGGACUUUUGCAGCUGGGAUUUGGCGGUUGGCCCACCUUCAACAAAGACGCAUAUUAUUUGGGCCCCUUGCCCCGCUCGUGCGGGCACUCGCACCAACCUUUGAUCGGUGCAGAGAAUGGCGGGGGCUUCAAGACAGCGCCUACAGCGGCCUACCCUCCAGAAAUGAAUCUGAUGAUCGCCUCAUUGCUGUUCAACCACUGGCACCAAAGCCAGCCCACGACGCCUGUCGGAGGGGGAGAAGACCAACAGCAACAUGGGUGCGCGAGGACUGGCAAUGGGGACGAGGAGGAGCCAUACAAAACGAGGACGGUUGCGGAAGAAGAUCCAGCGCUGGAGCUGGCAAAGGCAGUGGAGAAGGAGAAAGGAGUAGUUUCAUACUCCAUGAGAGGGCCAGGACAGAAGCUCUUCCAUGACGGGGCAGGCUUGUGUUCCCAGGGGAAUAGGAGACCGGCCUUCCGGGAUAUAGCCGUGAUGAGCAUUGUGGGAGAGGAGCUACUGGCCUUGACGACCGAAGAAGACUUGAGGAAUGAUUUGUACAGGCUUGCCUUGGGUAGAUGCGAGGGCCCGCCCUUCCGAGAAGGUGUGGUGGAAGCGGCCAGGAACUUGUGGCUCAGGCACCUAUCACAGAGAUCGGGGGUCGAAAGGGCAAAGCUGGAACAUGUGGAACCCCGGCAGCCGUUCAUGCUGGCGGCCAUCGCGGAGCACCUCAAGAUCAUUGGGGACCCGGACUGGCAGGCCUUCGGCACAGGGCCGGGUAGCUUCAGGACGGGUGUCCCCCUGGGGGUACAGGGUAUGCCCCGUGUCCCGGAAGUCUUCGAGGCCAAGGAGAAAUGGCGCAAAUACGAGCCCGUCCCCUGGCCUACAGACAAGAACAAUUACACCUCGGCAGUGGACAAUGCGGGGGCGGUGCAAAGACAAUUCCGCAAGGAGGAGGCUCUGGGAGCCAUGGUGGAGAUGGACGAAGGAGCCGCUAGAGAGCGGUACGGCGAUAGGCUGAGGGUGGCUGCGCUGGCAGCCUUGGAAAAGUCGGACCACAGCUUCAGGGUGGUGCACGACGCUACGCACAAUGUUGGGGUCAACUCCCAGAUCAAAGUGGAGGACCAAUUGAGGUACCCGGGACCAGCGGAGAUCAAGAUGGCCAUGAGGGUUCUGUUUCCCCCGACCUUCAUCCUGGCAGCAGACAUCGCCAGGGCCCACCGGCUGGUGCUGGUGCGAGAGGAAGACUGGGGGUACCAGGCGUGCCGCACUGGAGUGGACGACGAUGGAGGGAGCAGUGGAAAGGUGUGGCUCAACACCGUGGGUACCUUCGGUGUGACGUCAGCGAGCUACCACUUCACCCGGCUCUUUGCGGCAAUCACGAGGUGUGCCCAUUCCCUCCUGGCCAGGCGGGACAGCUGCCAGCUGACCUACGUUGACGACCUAUUGUUCAUGGCCAACGGCCUUGGGGGACUGGCUGCGAUCUGGGUAUCACUGUUGUUUUUGAUGGUGGUGGGGACCCCCUUUUCGUGGCACAAGUUCCAGGGAGGAACUCGGGCCGAAUGGAUUGGCUUCCAGGUCGACGUGAAGGAGUGCGAGCUGGGGAUGACAGAGAAGAGGCUCAGAUGGGCGAGAGACUGGAUGGAGCGGACGAUUGCAAAUAAGAUUGUGCAGGUUGAAGAGUUCAGGUCGGCGCUGGGCCGAUUGGCCUUCAUGAUGUCGGCCUUCACACAUCUGAAACCGCUGCUGGGCCCGCUCUACUCCUGGAUCACGGCGGUAGACCACUGCCGGACGCUACAGGUCCCUGCGGCGAUCAUCUUGAUCCUGACCUUCCUCAAGGCGACGAUGGUUCCCGGGAUAGCCCGCACUAAGGUGAGGGUAUCACCGGAUGUGGAAGGGGACCACAUCUUCAGGUCCGAUGCAAAAGCCGAGGGGGAAACGGUUGUCCUUGGCGGUUGGUGCUGCGGCGAUUCCCAUGACAGAGGGCAAUGCCGAUGGUUCUCCGUGAAGUUGGACAGGAGCAAUGCCCCAUGGGUUUUUGAAGCCGGAGAACCUUACAGAGCCAUAGCGUCGUUGGAGCUGCUGGGGACCCUUGCGUCGAUCAAGGCCUUCCCGCCGGUCCAGGGCAGCGCCCGUAGUUUCUGCCUGUCGGCCGGCACGGACAAUCUGGGGAACCGGCACCUCGUGUCCCGGCUCUUGACGACAAAGUUCCCCUUGUGCGUCGUAUUGAUGCAGCUGGCCUGGACGCUUCAUUGCAAAGACCUGGAGCUGAGGCUGGACUGGCUGCCAAGGCUACAGAACCGAGAAGCUGACGCCCUCACCAACGAGGACUUCAGUGGAUUCAACAUGGACUUACGGGUCGAGAUAAAGCCAGAGGACCUUCUGGAGGAGCAGUUCAAGGAGCUUUUAGAGAAGGGAGGUGAACUCUUUGAUGAAAUCAAAGAGCUCCGGAGGAAGAGGAAGGCGGGAGUGAUGAAGUCACUUCCUGCCAACAAGAAGUCCAAAGGGACGGACCUGAUUGGUCGAUGGUGA